AUGGAGUACAAUCUCAAAAUGCUACAGUUCUACCUGGGCUUAUACGGCUUUGCUGCGUUUCUUUGUCUCCUGGGUUACGUGUAUGCUUUGGUUGAUUGGCAACUGAAGCUUCGCAGACAACGAGCAUCUGGCUCAGCCUCCAUACCUUCUUCAUCAGUAACACCAAUCGUGGAGAAAACUAAGGCAGCCCGACAUAUCGUUCGUUUCGGAAACACAACUCAGGAGCUCAUCAGUGAAAAGAAUCCUAUGGAACCAGAGGAAUCUGUUCAACAGGACGAAUGCCAUGAAUGCCCAUCUAUCGAAAAUGCAUCGUCGCUAAGUAUGGAACGACAACAUUCUUGGAACAAAAGAAGAGCAGAGAGGCGUCAGCGCUAUAAAGAGGAGAAACACACUAUGCCCAAAGUAGCACUGACCCCGCUUUCAGAGGGCCUAAAGGAUAUUGACGUCAUGUCCCAAACGGAGUCAUCGAGAGAUGAAUUAAGUGCUACCGUCGGAUCACAGAUUCCACCAGAGAUUUUGGCUGAACAUGAGAUGUGCUCACGAAGGGAGUCUGUGCAGGUCACCGACUUGGAUGAGAAAUUUCAUACUUUGCUGUUAAACCCUGUUGAGCGUUUAUCAACAGGGUGAGUUUGUGCCUGUCCACCCUCGGAUCAGCCGAUGUGUGAUUAAUGUUCCACUAAAACAAUUACUAUCAACAAAGGAAUUAUGUUAUCUUUCCUUUACGCUGAUCAACUAGUGUCAUCGCCCUGUGGUUUGCUUCGGC